AUGCCAUCGCAACGCAUGCUCCAGUCUAAGCAGAAGAUCACGCAAGCCCUGCAAACACUUUCAGAUCAAGUGGAAGUCGUCGCGGAGCGGGCCAAAAUCACCCUGUGGGCAGUAACCUUGCUGGGGAAGUUGAUCUAUGUUGCGCAAGCAGAAGGGGAUGAGUUCGUUAUGCUUCGUGCCUCUUUCGCCAAUCCAUCAGAGUUCACGACGGCCCAAGCUCUCGUGUUUGCAAAUGCAUGGAACCGGAAGAUGCCCUUCUUCAGGGCAUCCGUUGUGGACGACUCGAAGCUGUGUCUGGAAUUCCACCUGAUGAUCAACUGGAUACCGCAGACAGGCGGGCUCGAGAAAGUCAUCGGCAUGUUCACAGCUGCAUUGCUUAUGUUCGCGAAGGAGAUGCACAAGGCAACCCGGCAAAGUGAUGACUCUCAGCUCAGGAGCUUACUAUAG